GGCUAUGACCUUUUUAUACGCUUAUCUCUUUACCUUUGUCCUUCAGUCGACUCAUUGUGCUAAUAUAACGCUUCAGCCAGUGUCAAUUAAUACAACACUCAACUCUACUGUUGUCUUCUCUUGUGAAGCUGUGGCUAAUGAUCUUAGUUUCAGAGUUAAUAAUACACCAGCUACAGAUACAAAUGUUACAGAUAAAGGAUUCAGUGUAACAACAAGCAGUAAUGGUGGUACUAUAAGAGCAGAGCUACAAGCAUUGGCUUAUGAUCAUAAUAAUAAUACUGAAGUGAGAUGUAGAGCUAUUACUGAUGAACCUCUUCAGGUGGAGUUCAGUGAUACAGCAAUAUUAAUGAUACAAGAUCAGGUUGAUAGAGUCAGUACUCAAUGUAGAGGAGAGUAUCCUAAUAGUAUAACAGUUAAUAUACUGAAUACUGAUGAUGCAGUAAUAAAGAAUACCAGUAUACCAACACAAGUUAAUGAUCAACUGAUGAUUACUGGAGUAAUAACUGUACCUAAUAAUUUAAAUACAUUUAUUGUUAAUGUAUCACUGAGUAAUAAUGGAGGAGAAUAUCUACCUACACCUUCUUUUGGAUUUGGUUUUCUUGGACCAGUUACUAACAUUGACUCUUCAAUUGACAACUGUUCUACUAUUGAUAUAACAUGGACUGCUCCUACAGUUGAUGAUAGAGUAUCUAUACUGUACUAUAAUCUCAGUAUAUAUGAUGACAUAACUGAUCAGUUCUUGAGAAAUGAAGCAGUAUAUGAUACCAGUUAUCAGUUUAAAGAUGAGGAAUUAUUUCGACAUCGUUAUACAUAUGUUAUAACUGGAGUUAAUGAAUUAGGAGAAGGAAUAUCUAAUAAUGAUACAUUCUCAUAUCAAAGAGUACCAAGAUCAGUUACAGAAGCUGGUUCAGAUAUAAUAAAAUUUAAUGAAACUAGUGCUACUACUUUCUAUAUUAGUACAUAUCAAGGAGUCCCUAGAUCAGUUAAUAGUACUGUGUUCUUUAGUUGUUACACUUUACACUUCAAUAUACCAGUUACAAUAGAGUGUACUGGUGAAGUCCCCGAGAAUGCUACAGUUACUAUACAGUGUAAUGGAACUGGUGUUGUGUAUGAUAAUACUGAACUAGUGGAAUAUGCUAAGCAACCAAUUUGCACUUCAUCAUCUACUGGCACAGCAACUUCAUCAUCUAGUGGUACAGUAACUGUAUCACCAACAAGUUCAUCAUCAGUUCUCAUUAUAAGUAUUCCUGCUGGUGGUGGUGGUGUUUGUUUUGGACUGAUUGUGUUAAUUGUUUGCUGUUUAAUACUGUGUUGUGUAUACUUUAAAAACCGAAAAAGAGCUGCUGAAAAUCAUGAAUUUCUUGAUGAAUCAACUGCAUUUGAUGGAGGACAAUUUAAUGCUCUAUAUGUACAAGUCAAUGACCAAGGAACUACUACUGGAGCUAUUGGGGGAGGAGCUGCUAAAGAACCGAUAUAUUCCGAACUAGGAGUAGCACCUCCAACUACUAAAUUAGCAAAACCUGAAGCACCAUCAGUUGAAUAUGCUAAGAUUGAUAAAACUGUACCUAAAGCCACUGCUCAGUCACAGUCUAAUGAUGAUGUGGUAGUAUCUGCUAGUGGUACUACUGUAAUUGGAGCUACUGGAGGAGAUCCACCACCAAUACCUGAUAAGAAAAAUAAAGGAGCUGCUGCUACUGGACAGGGAGGUACCAAUGGGGAAACUGAUGCUGCAAGGAAUUUACCACAUCAUGUUAAUGAUGAUUCACAUUUUUCCUCUCCUCCCCCUCCUCCUCUACCUCCUUCUCCUUGUCCUCCCCUUCCUGUGAGUUGGGAAGGAGUCCAACCUAAUUCUACUGCUGCUGAUCAAGCCACUGGAAUAGAAACCACUGGAACUGGUCUAGUGUCCUACUUGUAAUGCGUGCUACACAAAAACUUUAUACAUACCUAUUUGAUUUAUUUAGUAUAGUACUGACUCAUGUUGCUUUGUGUUCUACUUUGUCA